CUGGAAGCCUCUUCUAACUCCCUAACGUGAGGCUUGGGCUCCAAACCCCGGGGAGAGGCGGAGAUCUUUCUGGUACUCCAGCAUCUUCGAGCGUCCUCGGCGGCGCGGCGGAGGGACGGGGGCUCAGCGCCCCGGUGGUGCCUUGCGCGGGGGAAAGCUCCCCGUGCUCCGCGGCAGGAGAUGUGCCCAGGCUGAUGGACGGGGUAGCUGCUGGCUUUUAGGCGUCUCGGCUCCACCAGGAGAAGGAGAGACUCGUACGUUUGCGGUAGCUACGGCGGGUAGCCCAGAAGGGGUCCACCCUCAUCGCCUAGUGCUCGCUUGAGGCCGCCAGACCUGCCUAGGACAGACCGCAGGACUCCUGGAAGAGCCGGAGACAGGUCUUGGUGAAAACACUGAUGACACCCAACUGAAAGCACGCAAGCUGUUACUCUCCCUUGAAAAGAGAGAAAGGAGCAUCCUCUGGUCUCGGGAAGAGGCUCCGUUGCUCUGUGGGGGUCUCCUCCUGCCCGCUGGGGACCUGGGGGGGACAGGAGGCUUCUCGCAGCUGCCGGGCUCUGCCCCAUGACUAACACAAAGGAUCCGAAGAGAGCCAUGGACUCCUCUCCGGUGACCUCCAGCUCUGCGGCGGGCCCCGUUACCUUCUCGCAAGUUUUCGGGCAGCAGUGCCAGCUGAUGGAAGCAGCCGUGGAGUCGCUGCAUUCCUUGAACGACCAGAUCUCCCACUUUAUCAUCAACAAGUCAAAAACGCUGGACGAAGACGAAGAUGCCUUUUUGCCCAGCGAGAAGGAAUCUCUGAAAAAUGCCAUGAUGUUGAUGAGGCACCUCCUAAUGGAUGCACAGGCCAAAAUCCUGCACAUGAUGGACGACAACAAGCAGCUGGCGCUGCGCAUCGACGGGGCGCUGCAGGCGGCGGGCCAGGAGGUGACGGCGCUGCGCGCCGAGCUGGCCGCCACCGGCCGCCGCCUGGCCGAGCUGGGCAGCGAGCCGGCCAUGGAGCACGGCCCGCACAGCGCGCAAGCGCUGCUGCGGGAGGAGGUGGCCCAGCUGCAGGAGGAGGUUCACCUGCUCCGGCAAAUGAAGGAAAUGCUGACGAAAGACCUGGAGGAGACGCACGGCAGCAAGUCGCCGGAGGUGCUCUCGGCCACCGAGCUGAAGGUGCAGCUGGCGCAGAAGGAGCAGGAGCUGGCGCGCGCCAAGGAGGCUCUGCAGGCCAUGAAAGCUGACCGCAAGCGAUUGAAGGUGGAGAAGACGGACCUGGUGAGCCAGAUGCAGCAGCUGUACGCCACGCUGGAGAGCCGCGAGGAGCAGCUCCGCGACUUCAUCAGGAACUACGAGCAGCAUAGGAAAGAGAGCGAGGACGCGGUGAAAGCCCUGGCAAAGGAGAAGGACCUCCUGGAGCGGGAGAAGUGGGAGCUGAGGCGGCAAGCCAAGGAGGCGACGGACCAUGCCAGCGCUCUCCGCUCCCAGCUCGACCUGAAAGACAACCGCAUGAAGGAGCUGGAGGCCGAGCUGGCCAUGGCCAAGCAGUCCCUCGCCACGCUGACCAAGGACGUCCCCAAACGCCAUUCCUUGGCCAUGCCGGGCGAGACGGUGCUGAACGGCAACCAGGAGUGGGUGAUGCAGGCCGACCUCCCACUGACAGCCGCCAUCCGGCAGAGCCAGCAGACCCUCUACCACUCGCACCCCCAGCACUCAGCGGACCGGCAAGCGGUCAGAGUGAGUCCCUGUCAUUCCCGGCAGCCGUCCAUCAUCUCCGACGCCUCUGCGGCUGAGGGCGACCGGUCGUCAACGCCGAGCGACAUCAACUCGCCGCGGCAUCGAACGCACUCGCUCUGCAACGGGGACAGUCCUGGACCGGUACAGAAGAACUUGCACAACCCAAUCGUACAGUCUCUAGAGGACCUGGAAGACCAAAAACGGAAAAAGAAGAAAGAGAAGAUGGGCUUCGGCUCCAUCUCCAGGGUGUUCGCCCGGGGGAAGCAGCGCAAGUCCCUCGACCCCGGCCUCUUCGACGGUACGGCCCCCGACUACUACAUCGAGGAGGAUGCGGACUGGUGACCCCCCGGCGCCGGGCGAGCGCGGGAGCCUCUCCCCGGCCUCGCCGUCGCCGAUGUACAUACUCCCACCCCAGCCCCGCCUGUGGACGUGUUACCUGUUGUCUUGGGAGCGAUGCAGCUGUGUCGUAACUUCAGUUUUUUCCCUUUUUUUUUUUUGGUGUUUUUUUUCGUACCGGUAACUCCUUUGUUGUCGCUUCAGUUUGUUGGUUUGGGUUGUUUUUUUUUUUGUUGGCUGUUUCUUAUGUUUUAUUUCCUCCUUCUUUUGACAAAACUUGAAACUUGAAGGACUGCUGUGUCUCUGUAAAUACCAGAAAUAUUGUGCACUUUGUGCUUGUGACGUCUCUUGUCCGAAACCCGCUGUUUUCUGGAGCCCAGCCCGCGGGAUGUCCUCGCUCGGGGACGAAGGACCUGCCCAGCUGAGGGACCUUAGAGAGAAAACACACACACACACACACACACACACACACACACACACACAAAAUAUCUCAUUCGCUGUGAUGUCUUCCUGGCCGAACCCUGCGGAGGCGACACGGGCUGGACGUAACGCCUGCCGGUCUGGAAAUAAGUGUUUUAACGUUCCUUUUUAGUUGUUUUAAUUUAUUUGCACAAACCCAGAGGAGCUAUUCUAACUAAAUUAUUGCAGAAGUUUUGGGAUUUUUAUAUUUUUCCACGUCAGUUGGGAUGGGGCGGGGAGGAGGAAGGGUGUGUUUGUACUGUACUGUCCUGGGAAGCUGCUGCCUGGGGGGCCGGAGACACAGACCCCUGCCCCAGGUUCCCUCGGCCCCGCGGCUGCAGAUGCCCCAGGAGCACUUAACGCCUUGGAAAACACAAACCUAAAUACAUGCCGGGAAAUCAGAAGGCGGGGGGGAGCCGGUGGGAGCUUUGCCCACCUUUUUUCCCCACAUUUGGGGAGCUCAUCCUUCGCUUUGAGUAAAAUUUGGGGGAUCCGGCAUGAGCUGGGAGGGGGGGAAAGGCGAUAUCCCGAGACGUCGCCCGGCCGGGGCCAGCCACCCCGCUCCCAUUUAGGGUGUUAUCGCUGUAGGGGGGGGCCGGGGAAAUCGGUACGAGUCCCUGCCGGGGAGGUUUUUCUGGCACCGGGGUGAUUUUUAAGUGCAGGUGGAGCUUGUGCUUCCAAAUGCCCUGGAAAUGCCCCAAAACCACCCCUCCGGCACAGCGGCCGCUUCCCCUCCACUAACACGCACCGCGCUCUGCUUAUGCCAAGAUAAGUACCUUAUGCUUUAAUGCUUACGAUAUAAUUUUAAGCUCUUAAAAAAAAUGUAUUAAGAUUUAUUUAAUGAUGCUAUCAUAGUGUAUUAUUUUUCUUAAUUCCGAUAUGUGCGCCCUGGUUGAAAAAAGGGGUAUUUUGUCUUAAAUCACCGAACUAAACCGCCGAUGCCCUCGCGCUGUGUAUUCCUGCUAACGGGAUGAUGCGGAGAGGCCGCGGGGGGUGGCAGGGCAGGCUUUGCCCCGUGGCAUCUUUCUCUGCAGAGAAGCAUUUUUAUACGUUUUGUUGUUUGGGGGGUUUGUUUAUUUUUUUUCUUUUUUUUGUUCUCCUUGCGUUUUUAUAAUUUAAACUGUAAACCACCGGAACAGAUGAGCAAUCUCCUUGUUAUCAAGUAGUUUCCUUUGCAUUUCAGCUUUUUUGUAAAUUAGGAAAUAAUUCUAAAAAUUACUAAGAGGAUGAUUUAUUUAAAAGAGAACUUCGAUAAAUAGCAUAUGAAUUAUGGGUAACAUUAGAUUUAACUUUUCCCCACGUGAGUGGGGGAGAAUCCUUGAAGGCAUGGAUGCAAAUAUAAAAUUAUAAAAGAUCUAAAUAAAGCUUAUUUUAAAGUA